GACUUGCGACGACGACUACUACCUCGAGCGCGUGCUCCUCCUUGACCGCAAGGCCCGCAAGGCAGCGCAGGAGCUGUACUGGUCAAACGCCCUCAGCUUCUUCCCCGCGCUGCAUGAAGGGUCGCAGCCCACCUAGCGCGCGCGAUGCCCUCUUCCUCCUCCUCGUUUGUGUCGGCAGAGGAGGAGAUGAGGAACUGGGCGGAGCUGCCGCCGGACGCGAUCUCAACCAUCCUCCAGAAGCUUGACCACGUCAACAUCCUGAUGGGGGCCGGCCAGGUGUGCCGCUCCUGGCGCGGCGCCGCCCGCGACGAGCCCGAGCUCUGGCGCCGCAUCAACAUGCUGGGCCACGCCGACCUCUCCCCCGAGCUCAACCUCCACGGGAUGGCGCAGGCCGCCGUCCGCCGCAGCGCGGGGAGAUGCGAGGCGUUCUGGGGCGAGUACACCGACGACCACGACUUUCUCCUCUACCUCGCUGACCAGGCACCUUCUCUUAAGAGUCUUCGCCUCAUUUCUCGCUAUAAUUUUGAUGAAGUACUUAAGGAGAUGAUAGUGAAAUUCCCUUUGCUCGAGGAGCUCGAGCUUUCAUUGUGUUUAGAUGUGGGUGAGAGUGGUGUGUUGGGGGUUGUUGGCAAAGCAUGCCCACAACUGAAGCGCUUCAGACUGAAUAAGGACGUGUUCUAUGAUUUUGAAGCUAGCGACAAUGACAGGGAUGACGAAGCCAUGGGGAUUGCAACUAUGCAUGAGUUACGCUCUUUGCAGUUAUUUGCCAAUCGCCUGUCCAAUAAAGGACUGACAGCCAUCCUGGAUAAUUGCCCCCACCUUGAGUCCCUUGACAUUCGUCACUGCUUCAAUGUCUGCAUGGACAACACCCUGCAUGCAAAGUGUGAUAGGAUAAGCACAUUGAGCCUUAUCCUGCCAAGAUUAAGUGAUGUUUGCAUGAAGGGGCAAUUAGUUCGUCGGCAAACAUCUGACAAGGGAUUCCCCAGAAUGAUAUCUUCCUCAUCCAUGGAUGCCCAGGAUGAUCUUUCUGCCAUCGAGAAUCAGGUGUGCAAGCUAAGUGAUGUUCGCAUGAGAGGGCAAUUUGUUCGUCGGCAAACAUCUGACAGGGGAUUCCCCAGAAUAACAUCUUCCUCAUCCAUGGAUGCCCAGGGUGAUCUUUCUGCCAUCGAGAAUCAGGUGCACAAGCUAAUCGAUGAUUUGAGAAGCGAUUUCAUAGAAGGUCAGAGAUCAGCGACAUCAGAGAUUCGCCUUCUAGCCAAGCACAACAUGGAGAGCAGGAUUGUCCUUGCAAAUUGUGGGGCUAUAAACUUGCUGGUUGGUCUUCUUCAUUCACCAGAUGCCAAGAUCCAAGAAAAUGCAGUGACAGCGCUCCUCAAUCUGUCCAUCAGUGAUAACAAUAGGAUUGCCAUUGUGAAUGCAGAUGCUGUUGAUCCUCUCAUCCAUGUCCUGGAAACAGGGAACCCUGAAGCUAAAGAGAAUUCAGCAGCUACUUUGUCCAGUCUCUUGGUUAUUAAAGAAAACAAAGUGAGGGUUGGACGAUCUGGUGCCGUCAAGCCUCUCGUGGACUUGCUGGUAAGUGGGACCCCGCAAGGAAAGAAAGAUGCAGCUAUUGCAUUGUUUUAUUUAUCCAUACUUCAUGAGAACAAGGGUCGCAUUGUGCAAGCUGAUGCGGUGAAGCAACUAGUUAAGCUUAUGGAUCCUGCUCUUGGAAUGACCGACAAAGCUGUAGCUGUCUUGGCAAAUCUUGCUAUGAUACCAGAAGGGAGAACUGCGAUUUGGGAGACGCGAGGUAUUCGAGCUCUUGUUGAAGUUGUCGAACUGGGUUCACCGAGAGGGAAGGAAAAUGCUGCCGCGGCAUUGCUUCAGCUAUGCACAAACAGCAACCGAUAUUGCAGCUUAGUUCUUAAAGAGGGCGCCGUGCCCCCUUUAGCCACACUGUCACAGUCAGGAACACCGCGAGCAAGAGAAAAGGCACAGGCUCUUAUCAGCUACUUCCGCAGCCUGAGACAUGGGAACUCAUUAAGCGUUUCCAGGUGGUUGACCGGUGCUGCGCAUUUAUAGUCAGAUUGAGAUUGUGCUCAUCAUCUCAUGCUACUUGUUGGGCGUGGGUGUCUGUUGUCGCCAUUGUUGUUGAGAUGGCGUGUUUUUCGGGUUUUUUUACAUAUCUUUUGUGCAGCUUCUUCAUUGGUAU